AUAGGAAAAAUGAACAAAACCAUACUAGUGACGUCGUAGUCAAACACUCUUCAGACACUCGUCUCCCCGCCGGUAGGGUUUCCAUGCUUCCUCCCUCCUGAAACUCUUUCAAUUCGUCGGAAUUUCAAACUUCAUCGUUCAGACUCUUGUGAGCAGCAGUCAUCCUUGGUGUUUCUUUCGCCCAAAUGCAAGUUACUAAAGGAGGUUGUGUUGGGAAAACAUUUGCCCUAGCAAAGCUCAAUGACUCUACCGGAGGGAAAAAAUCGAAGCGGCGUUCAAAACUGGAAAGGAAAGGAAUGGUAGAGACUUUUAUAAAGAGGUAUCAGGCGUCAAAUAAUGGAAGUUUCCCAUCACUGCAUCUCACACACAAGCAAGUUGGUGGGUCCUAUUACACGGUGCGUGAAAUUUUUAGAGAGCUAAUUCAGGAGAACCGAGUGCUCGCUCCUCCUAAGUUGCCUCCAGGAGAGCAAAAUAUGGAGAACUUAGAUAGCUUCUUGGAAAACUAUCCACUGGGUUCAAUUUCAUUUGAUCCUAACAUACAUGUAUUACCGCCAAAAAACAACCAAACACUACUUAAUGAGUAUGAAUUUAGACGUGAAAAGGUUUUGAAUUCAAGAAGGAUUUCUGAACUGCAUAGAGGAAGUGUAGAUAAUGACAAUAUCAUUAAUGGGAGUAAUACAACAGUGAAAAAUGAAGAAUUUGAAGAACCAAGACAUAUAGUAAGUAACAUACCGGAAGCUGUCGUGGUAGAGACAUCUGAUGCAACUUUGAGUAGCGAAGAAUUUAAAGAACCAAAGCACACAGAAUUGCUAAUGGAACAGGCUUUGGAAGUACAGAAAGAUGAAAUAAAAGUAGAAGGGUAUGAAGCUCAAAUACGUCCUCUGGCAGAGGAUGUGGUGGUAGAGACUUUUCCAUUGAGACCUGUUUCUAGCACUGUUUAUAACCCCGAUGAAGACAUAAGUGAGAAAGAAGUCUUGGAUGGUGAUUUGGAAAUGAAAACUGGAAAAGAUGAAGGUUUUGUUCGAGAUGAAAUACACAUGUUUGAUGACUUAACUGAAGUGGUGGAUACAAAAUUGGAGGAAGAACUUCCACUGCCUGAGUCUAAACCGACAUCGAUUCUGAGAACCCAUAACCACUCGUCUCCUGAUGAAAAUAUUGUGCUUGAUGUCAACAUCACAGACGUUACAUCUCCUGCUGAAAAUGACAAAGACUCAAGUAUUCCUAAUGGCAUUCAGUCUCAGAAUCUUGAUGGCAACAACAGCAGUUCUCUUCAACAGUCGACUUUUGAAGCGGCAACCACAAAUAAGAACAAAUCAGACAUCCAGUUCUGUGGUAGUGCCCAAAACCAAACGGACAGUGCAACUUUAAAGACAAUCAAUCUCAGUGAAUCAUGGGAAGCAGCAGCAGAAUCAAAGAAAUCUCAUAUCCAAGAAACUAAUCCGAUUGUGUCAUUUAUCCAGACAGCCGUUGCUGCAUUCAUGAAGUUGUGGUCUGAAUAAUUACGUUCAUCAGGUUUGUUUCUUUUUGCAAGAAGCUUUUCCAUGGAUAGAUAAUAGCAUGUGUGAAGCGGAUAGUAAUCAAGAGAAGGAAUUGGCAAGUGAAUUUUUUGGAUGAAAUCGUGUUUUAAAUAAAAUGACAAGGUUGGUUUGGAUUGGAUAAUGAUGGAGAUAGUAAGUUCAAUUCCAAA